AAAAAAAAACAAAGAUGAAAAAACGAAAAGAGAAAAAAAGAAAAGACAAAGAAAUGAAAAAAAGAAGAAACGAAGAAAAAAAUAACAAAGAUAAAGAAAUGAAAAACGAAAAGCUUGUCGAAAAGCUUGUUGAAAAAUC